ACAUGCCAAACGAUAGCCUCUGCCACGCCAGCAAUUUCCAUGCCACACCACGCUGCAGCCACCUGGCAGGGACUGGCUAUUCAAUUAUAUUGAUCCAGCUGUAUUCCAGAUUCUACAUCAUCAUCCUGGCAUGGGCCCUCCUUUACCUUAUAUACUGUUUCAGAGACCCUCUGCCCUGGGCAACCUGCGACAAUCCUUGGAACACAGAUCUUUGUGUGGAUCUCACCUCUACAAACAACAGUGCAGCACACAGCAGAAAGCUGACAGGAAACUGGACAUCUGGAAAUGUCACUAAGUCUUCAGUGUCAGAGUUCUGGGAGAGAGGAGUGUUGUCCUUGUCUGGAGGAAUAGAUGAGGUUGCCACAGUACAGUGGGAGCUACUGCUGUGUCUCUUGGCCUGCUGGGUGGCCUGCUACUUCUGCAUCUGGAAAGGGGUGCGCUCUACAGGAAAGGUGGUGUAUUUCACAGCUGUGUUUCCGUACAUCAUGCUGGCCAUCCUGCUGGUUAGGGGAUUGACACUACCAGGAGCCUGGCAGGGUGUGGUCUACUAUCUGUAUCCAGAUCCCACUCGCCUGGCAGACCUUCAGGUUUGGAUGGAAGCUGCUGCUCAGGUCCUCUUCUCCUACGGUGUUUCAUCAGGAACCAUAAUCACACUUGGAAGCUACAACAAAGUUAAGAACAACUGCUACAAGGACAGUCUGUGGUUAUGCCUGCUCAACAGCAGUACCAGCUUUGUUGCUGGCUUCGCAGUCUUCUCAGCUCUGGGCUACAUGGCUCAGAAACAGGGAGUUCCAAUCAACAUGGUGGUUGAAUCAGGUCCUGGGUUGGCAUUUAUUGCUUAUCCCCAGGCUGUUGCCAUGAUGCCCCUGCCUCAGCUGUGGGCAGCUUGCUUCUUCAUUAUGCUCAUUCUGUUGGGACUGGACACACUGUUUGCAGGUCUAGAAACAAUAACUUCUUCAGUCAUCGACUUGUUCCCGGGAGAGAUGCGCAGACCCUGGUGCAGAGAAAUCUUCCUUAUAUUUUUCUGCGCUGCCAGCUUUAUUGUACAUAUCUCUCUCACCACUCAGGGAGGAAUAUAUGUGUUCCAACUGAUUGACUACUAUGGAGCUAAUGGAGCAUGUAUAUUAUUUGUGUCAUUUGUCCAGUGUGUGGCUGUUGGCUGGGCCUUUGGGGCUGAACAGAUGUGUGAUGCAGUUAAAGAAAUGACAGGGGAGAGACCAUCCAUUCUUUUCAAACUAUGUUGGCGUUACUUCACCCCUUUAAUCUGCAUGGUUUGCUUCAUCUGCUCCUUCCUGGAAUAUCAGCCUCUAACAUCCAGUGAGGGCCAUGAGUACCCAGGCUGGGCCUACGCUAUAGGCUGGGCCAUGGCCCUCUCCUCUGUGAUUGCAAUACCUAUCUGGGCUGUCGGCAAGAUCUGCCUCACUGAUGGAACACUCAGACAGCGUCUGGUGGUACUGUGGUAUCCUGUAAGAGAUCCUGAGGGUUCCAAGACAAACAAAGAUUAUCUACUGAACAAAACAGAAUUAAAGACUAUGUCAGCUCCUUUCCCGAACAAGUUAUAAGUACUUCUGGAAACAUCAUAAAUAAAGGACCAAAUUCUUCCAUUGA